AACAAACGAAAACAACAACAACGUUGCCUUCAUUGUGAAAUCUAUGUGGCCAGGAAUGACUAAACACAAAGAGAAUAAAUUCUUCCUUUACUUCAAUUUUCAGAUAUAUCUAAAACUAGGUAACCAACAACUGACAACAAAUCCAGGUGAUCCUCAACUAAGAUGAAGCAUAGCUAAUACUAUUGUUUAAAUGCGCCCUUGCUAUGGUUUCACUCAGCAGGUAAAGGCAGGAAGUUAUAAAGUUGCUCCUGCGCUGUAAAUUUACGCAUUAAAAAUUGACUUAAUUCUGAAACCAGAGUAGAAACCUUCAAGAUCACAGUUUAAAUACAGUAACACGGACUUAAUCAAACAAGCUGCAGUGCUGAAGAUUGCCAAGUGACAGUUGAUUAAUGCCAUCUUUAGGUCCAGACCCGUGGAGGCUGCCGGCGGCCUGGUCACCACUGGAAAACUGUCGGUGGACCACUACGAGAGGAUCCACCAACCAGAUAUGGACUGCGAGAAGCUGCCGAACGGACCGUACCAUCGUUGCCCGCAGGGGAGGUGCAUCCACCAUCUGUCCCUCUGUAACAACGUGAAUGACUGCGGCGACUUCUCCGACGAGGAAAACUGCGAUUCUGACGUCCCGUUUGAGGUGCGCGUGCGCGGGGGUGAGACGGAAGGUCAAGGUCGCGUGGAGGUCAAAUAUCGCGGGGAGUGGGGCCUGGUGUGCGACGACAAGUGGGACAUCAAGGACGCAGGGGUCGUCUGCCGGGAGAUGGGGUACCCUCUCGGUGCGGAGGAGGUGUACUACCGCUCGUCCUACGGCGCCGGCAGCCAGCCCUUCGUGCUGGACGAUCUGGACUGCAUCGGCACCGAGUCCUCCCUGCAGGAGUGUGCGCAUGCGCCGUGGGGCAAGCACGACUGCUCACGCGGCGAGGCCGCAGCGGUCAAGUGUAAACUCCGCCAGGGCUGUCGGGAAGACGAACACCAUUGCAUCAAUCACAAAUGUAUCCCAUCAUCCUUCCUCUGUGACGGGCAGAAACGACUGCGGGGACUGGAGUGACGAGGCGCAGUGCGACUGUUAUCGGGGAAAGGGGCUUGUAUAUCGCGGCCAUGACCAUGAGACCAUCAGGGGUCUCACAUGUCUGUUCUGGAACGAGACCUUAGACCGGAAGUUCAACACUCGUGACUACCCGAAUGGACAGCUUGGGUUAG